AUGGACCACAUUGACGAUGCGCGCAGCGGCAGCGGUCACGAACAUUCCGAGAAACCAGCAGCCACGGGCGCCGCCACCCACGUGGCCGGCGAUGCCCUCCUCCUCGACAAGCAGGGCAACAUCCGGCGCCUGCCCAUUCCAUCAAACGACCCCAAUGAUCCCCUCAACUUCAAGACGUGGGAGAAGGCAGCGACCAUCUUCUGCUGCUGCUGGUUCUCCUCGAUGUCCCUUGCUCUUGCAGCCGGGCUUGGGCCGUUGUUGGGAGUCUUCUUUGGGAUGUACGCUCCUCAGGGCUACAGCCCGGGCCAGAUUGUUUAUCUCCUCACGAUUCCCGCGUUGUGCAUUGGGCUUGCUCUCGCAUACGGCAGACGGCCCGUGUUCAUCGGGUCCACCGUCGUCCUCCUCGCCUCCUCGAUCGGCGCCGCCACGCAAAACUCGUACACGGGCCAUCUCGGCGCGAGGAUCGUGCAGGGACUGUCCACCGGCGCAACCGAGUCGGUUCUGCCUCUCAUGCUCACCGAGCUCACGUAUCUUCACCAGAGGAGCAGGGUGUUCGGCUUGUACUGGCUGACCCAGACGCUGAUCUCGAACCUCCUGAACAUCUUCUCGUCCUACAUCAACGCCGCCCUGGGCUGGCAGUGGUACUACUGGGUCUUUGUUAUCACGAUCGCCGUGGGACUCGUUGCUUCCAUCUUUGGUGCCUUCGAGACUCGCUACGCCCGUCCGGCCAUGAGCAUUGAUGGCGUGGUCGUCUACACUGACGACUUUGGCGUGACCCAUGUCGUCCCUGCCGACGAAGCGAGCAGCCACCCUGAGCUCCAAGCUCAGGGACUCGCUGGCCUUCCAGACAACACGCCAUAUGACGGCCCACAGCCCACUUACAAGAAUCGUGUCGCGCUCUGGGGCAAACCCCACCCGACCCCAGCUAAGAUCAUGGUUAGCUCGUGGGUGCUCAUGGUCAAGUGCUUGACAUCGCCAGCUAUCGUCUACGCAAUCCUCAUCAGCUCUGUUGCAUUGGCCGGACUGAUCAACCAGAGCCUGUCCUACAGUGAAGCGCUCAUGGAGUACGGCUGGGCUCCUGAGUCUAUCGGCCUCGUCAAUGUUGGCGCCAUCAUCGGCUCGGUUCUGGGCUCCGCGUACUCGGUCUUCUUCGGCGACUGGCUUGUCCUCUGGCUGGCCAAGCGCAACCAGGGCAUCCACAAGCCCGAGCACCGCAUCAUCGUCCUGGCUCCCAUGGGCGUGCUUGGUUUUGCCACGCUGCUCGGCUACGCCUUCACCGUGCACGGUCUUCCGAGCUGGUGGGGUCUCAUGGUGACGUUUACCUUUUACCAGAUGGCCUGGGUGUCCGUGCUCAUCAUCUCGACCACGUUUGCCGCCGAGGUGUGGCCCAAGCACCCCGGUCCCGCGCUCGUCAUGGUCGUCGGCAGCAAGAACAUUGUCUCAUUCUGCCUGACCUUUGCGUAUACCCCCAUGGUCGAGCACGGCGGCGUCACCUGGGCAUUCUGCGUGCUUGCGGGUGUCUUUGCGGGGUGCUUCUUGCUGGGGUUCCCGGUCUACUUCCUCAACACGAAGUGGCGCAGGAACGAGAGCAAGAAGGACAGCAUCAACUCGACGACGGACUAGAUGAUUUUGAUGGCUUAAGUAGAGCGAUUAGAGGACGUAUCGCAAGAUUGAUCAGGCUAGUUCCCCUUUCUGAAGGACACGCGGUAGUUUAGCCAUUGUACCUUGGUCAAACCAAAUUGAGCUUUG